AUGAAUAACGAAUCCCCGGAACGUAUCCAGAAUAAGCGCGAUAAACGGGAUGCGUUUAUGGCAUUAUGCCGAAAGAAUUGCACUCUGGUCAUAGACUGCGAGUUUGAUUCAUAUGAAAACGAGAAGGAAGCUAAGAGUCUUGCUAACCAACUCAUGCAAAGCUAUGCUUUCAACAAGCGUGCCGAGAAACCUGUAAAUUUGGUCAUCUGCGGCAUACAAGAGGGGAGUUAUGUUGCGGAGUCCUUCAACAAGAUAUCAGGAACAGACAGUUGGAUGUGUACACUGGAGUACAAGAGCGUAGAAGAACUGUUCGACAUCGAAAAGGUUGUCUAUCUAUCGGCGGACGCCGAAGAAGUGCUGGAAGACAUAUCGCAGGAUGGAAUCUACGUCAUCGGUGGCAUAGUAGAUCGCAACAGGUUAAAGGGUAUAGCGUUAAAUCGCUCUAAACACAUAGGUGCUAAGUGUAAAAGGUUGCCAAUCAAAGAAUAUGUGCAACUCACACAGAGCCAUGUGUUAUCCAUUACAGCCUGCGUCUCUAUCUUCCUCAACUAUACACUCCACAGAAAUUGGGUCAAGGCACUCACAGAAUCUAUUCCAAAAAGGAAAUUCUGA